AUGGAAGAUGCGUUGAAAGAAGCUGUCAAUGAUCAUUUUGCCGCAAUUACCACUGAAUUCGAGGAAAACAGAAGUGUACUCUCAGUUUUACACCAGGCAGUUAUGGAAGGAUCCGGGUUGAUGUAUCCAUCCAACUAUGAAUUUAACGAAGAAAAUGAGAAUGCUGGAGAGGAGGCAAAACAUAAUGCGGAAAUACAGAAACAGAAGAAGGAGAAAGAGAUUGAAAUUGCGGAGGAAGUUGUUGAACGUGUUAUUGCUUUAUUGCCUAUUGAAGCAGAGCUUUCGACACACUCAGGUUCUGAACUUUCAGUAGAAAAAGCAACUGUCAAGUCAAUCGUGCUGCUCAUGGACUCCGACGGGUGGUUUUUUGAAGAAGACGACGAUGAUGAAGAGAGCAACGAUGACUAA